AUGUCUUACGGACUUAUCCACAGCUGCGUGAAGGAGUGGGUGCUCAACAACUACGGAAAGGACAAAUGGAAGGAUAUAUUGGAUAUAUCGGGCGCUGACGACGAACAGACGUUCCUGAACUUCCAGUGCUAUCCCGACAAGGCGACACUGGACUUCAUCGUCAUCGUCGUCAAGCAUCUCGAAAUCAGUCUCGAGUAUUUCCUCGAGGGGGUCGGCAUGCACUUUGUUGACUUCACCAUCGAGAAGGGGUACGGCGAGAUGCUGCACACGCUGGGCAGGACGUUUCACGCCUUCCUGGACAACCUCGACUAUCUGCACUGUUACCUGAUGACGACAGCGUUCCCCGGCAUCGUCAUGCCGUCGUUCGCCUGUACGGAGGACGAUGAAGACCCAGACGUGCUCUUCGUGGACUACUACUCACGGAGAGAGGGAUUGGAGGCGCUGGCUAUAGGGGCGCUAAGAGGCUGUGCAAAGAAUUUCUACAACCUGUCCGUCCGGUUUGAAGUGAUGUGGACAAAGGCGGAGAAAAUAAACGAAACAGAGGUGGUGAAUCACGUGCGGUUCAAGGUGACCCAGGUGGGCCAGAUUGACUCUCCGACCCUGGACCUGGUGACGAUGGAGCGAGCCAAGUCGGCCCAUGACGAAGUGACGUCAUUCCCGGCCGUCGAUCAGCUGCUGGAGCUGGUCUGGCGUACACCCACCUUCAACUACGAGAACGUCGAGCGCUUCAAGAACCUGGUGUUCCAGUUCGCCGUUGAACCAAGGCGCACUGCAGCCGCGCUGGAGCGGGAGAAGGACAAGACGGACCGGCUGCUUCACAGCAUGCUGCCGCCCGAGGUGGCGCACAAGCUGAAGAGCGGCGAUCGUGUGCAGAGGAGAGCUUCGACAGCGCCACCGGUGGGUGAGCUGAGCUUGCUCUUCAGCGACAUCGUCACCUUCACCGUCAUCGCCUCACGCUGCCAGCCCCACCAGAUCGUCCAGCUGCUCAACGAGAUGUACACUCGGUUCGACGACGCUACAGAGAGCAACGGCGUGUACAAGGUGGAGACCAUCGGAGACGCGUACAUGGUGGUGGGCGGCAUACCGAGCCGCGUGCCCGACCACGCCACGCGUGUGGUCAGCCAGGCCAUCGAUAUGGUGCGGCUGGCCCAGGAGGUGGCCCAUCCGAUCACGGGGGCGCCGGUCCAGAUCCGGGUCGGCAUCCACACAGGUCCGGCCGUGGCCGGUGUGGUGGGUCAGAAGAUGCCCCGCUACUGCCUGUUCGGCGACACAGUCAACGUCGCCAGCCGGAUGGAGUCGCACGGCGUACCCGGCCGCAUCCACCUCAGCGCCGACUGCAAACGGAAGCUGGACGAGGAGAGGGGUCCGUUCGCCGUGGAGCCACGAGGCGGCAUUGAGAUCAAGGGCAAAGGCCACAUGGAAACCUUUUUCGUCGCCUCUGUGGGCAACUCGGAGGCCGGAGGCGAGCCAGAGGGCGGCACGAGCGCCUCGAACGGCGCGGCCGGCGGCAGUGUCCGCCAGAAGGAGAGCAGCGUCUGCCGCCUCCAGUAG